AACAAACGCACGAAUAUAUCGGCAAGAAUUAUACUAGUGUUCCCAAAAGCAUUCAAAAACCAAAGGGCUGACGAUGGGGACAGUGGAAAUGUGCAGCUUUGAAUGCAGCUCAACGAGUCAGUCUAGAGUCAGACUAAUCGAUGUCAGAAUUAAGAAAGGCUUUUAAUCGAGCACCGACAGGGUGGCGGGGAGAAAAUGACCUCUGGUUUAGCUAGUUCACGUUAACUUUGGCCCCUUUAAGUCGAUUUUUUUGUAGUCGUUAAGUCGGCUAGGAUAAACCGGUAGGAGGCAGCGAAGAUACAGAGUUGCAAUUAGGUAAUUGUGACGCCUAGGCUUUAUUCUGAAAGUUAUUGCACUUGAAAGCGUUCUAUUGCAUCAGAGGUUGAAUGCUAGAUUUUCUUGUAAUUUGUAGGUUAAAAUGCUGCGGUUUUCAUCCAUAAGGAAGAUAAUAUUUGGGCAUCCAGUGUGGAGAUGCAUCCAUCUGAAACCCAGGCCACCUAGCUACACAACAGCUACGCAUCCGCUGCUGGUUCCUUCCCCAUCCGCCGCUUUGUUUAUGCCAUUCGGACCCUCAUCUGGCAGCGGAUGUCGGAGCGUCAGGCCCGCGAGCUGGGUGACCUCUCGUCUGUGUCACAGGGAUUCAAGAGACGCCUCGGCGAAAGGCAUGAGGGCCCUUGCUCAGGCACCCAAACCGGCUCUUUACUUGGGAUUCUCGGGCCUCAUCCCGUUUCUCUCUGCCCCGCUGUUCAUGGCUGCCACCCAGUCCUUCUACCCGGAAGUAGCCUACGCUCAGAUGGUGUACGGAGCCUCCAUAGUGUCGUUCCUCGGAGGGGCCCGAUGGGGCUUUGCCAUCCCCGCCGGCAGCCCUGCCAAGCCAGACUGGAUGAACCUGGGGAACAGCGUGGUGCCGUCGCUCCUGGCUUGGGUGGCGCUGCUCUGCAGGGACAAUAUUACAGAAGGAGCGAUGGUGGUUAUAAUGGGACUGGGCCUGUCGCUGCAUUACGACCUGACCCUGCUGCCGGGCUACCCCGCCUGGUUCAGAGCCAUGAGGACCGUCCUCACACUGGUCGCCACCUUUUCGCUCGUUGCCACGUUGAUACUCAAAAAAGUCUGCGUAGAGAAGAAACUUAAGGAGGUGGAGAAGUGAAUUAUGGGAGGGAUUUUUUUAUAAAAUUGAACACAUAAAAUAAAUACUUUCUUUUUGACAAA